UCUAUGGUUCAGGUUGGUUCAAGUUUCUACAGAGAAGCUUGUGUAGGAGCUGCGAUUUUAGGACACCAAAGUCUGAAACUUGUUUUCUUUGAGUAACCUUUAUUUGUGUUUUUAAUAAGUAAUAAUUUUCAAACAACGUAUAUUCUUUUGUUGGUCAAUUAACUUUAGUCUUUGUUAAACAGUUUAGAAGCUGUGCUAAAGUGUGUUGAAAGUUUAGUAUAAAUUAAGUGAUAUCAGGUAAAACGAUGUCGGAAGGAGUUAACACAAAUCAAAUGUCACCGCCUUCCUCACCUUUUCCGUCUCAUCUCGUUCCAAGUCCACUAAUAACUAGGCGCACCAGAACAGCUUCAACAUGCGAGAAAAUUGUUACGGACGUUUUAUAUUAUGGAACAAUAAAGGCGUUCUGUCGUGAAAAAGGUCACGGCUUUAUUAUACCCGAAAAUGGUGGUGAAAAUAUUUUUGUGCAUGUUUCUGAUAUUGAAGGCGAGUUUGUCCCGCUACCAGAUGACCGAGUAAGUUAUCGUCUCUGUCCAAUUCCUCCGAAGUUUGAGAAGUAUCAAGCUGUACAUGUGCAGAUUGUAGAUUUGAAACCGCAUCUGCAUAAAAGAUGGGCGCAACACUAUUAUUAGGCUAGAGUUGCAUUUGUCUAUUUUAAUUGAUUUUUUUAAGAAAUGUUUUUAAUUCUUUGAAAAUAACGCUCAUUUUUCUAAAAGUUUAUAGACUCAAAGAAAUUACAGGUUAAGAAACAUGUUUCUUUAUAUGCUUUACAUCCUUUCUGUAAUUGUGAUAAUUUUCAUGUUUUGGCAAAUAUUGUUAUGGUUGAACAAUGAUAUUUGAAUUGCACAAGUUGUUUAUGCAUAAGUAAUUGAGAUUAAUGUUAGCUCUGAUUUAGUAUGUAGCCAAAGGAUGAUGUAUAGAUUACCUUUACUGCAGACUGGUUGUAUUUUUUUCAAAAUUGGUUUCAGAUAAUUUCCUUAGCACCAGUAUUAUAUUUUUAAUAAAAUUAAGAAGUAGGUAAUUUUUUUCUUUUUGCAGCUUGAAAAUGUGUAAUAACAUAUAUGUAACUGCAUAAAUUGCUACCACAUAACACUUAAAAAACGCAAACAACGAACAUAAAAUAACAAGUACAUCAAAUAAAGCAAUCAAACUUUCAAAUAUAUGGGAUAUUCCACAUAAUGAAAUCCGCUACUAAGCCAUUCUAUUAUUGUAUAAUCAUUUUAAAUAAAACUGUUAUAGAACAUU